AUGAACAGUCCUGUCACAUCCAUCAAGCUGGUAUUAUUGGGAGAAGCUGCAGUGGGCAAAAGUUCGAUCGUUUUACGAUUUGUAUCGAACGAUUUCUCAGAAAAUAAGGAACCAACUAUCGGUGCAGCUUUUCUCACCCAACGGGUCAAUAUGGGCGACCAUACGAUCAAAUUUGAAAUUUGGGAUACUGCAGGUCAAGAACGGUUUGCAUCACUAGCUCCCAUGUACUACAGGAACGCACAGGCCGCAUUGGUGGUGUACGACGUCACAAAGCCACAAUCAUUUAUCAAAGCCCGCCACUGGGUCAAGGAGCUCCAUGAGCAAGCCUCAAAGGAUAUAGUCAUCGCACUAGUGGGAAAUAAACUCGAUAUGAUCGAAGCAGGUGCAGAAAGGAAAGUGGCUCGCGAGGAAGCAGAAAAUCUGGCACAAGAGGAGAACCUUUUGUUUUUCGAGACCAGUGCCAAGACCGGUGACAAUGUCAACGAAGUGUUUCUGGGUAUCGGCCAAAAAAUUCCACUGAAAACAGCGCAAAAUCAAGCACAGAAUGGUGGCCGCGGGUCUUCUGGUCUACGUGUCAACGAUGACUCGAGGGUCGAUUUGAGAUCUGGAAACCAAUCGACGUCUGCUGGUGGCUGCAAUUGCUAG